GGGAGGUAUGUGUGUGAGCAGAUGGGGGUUGCCUCUUGCCCAUGUUCUCAGGCACUGACCCCACCGAACUACAACUCCCAUGAUGCUCCUGCGUCUUAUGUCAGCAGCUGCGUGGUUCCCAUGGUGACCAGGAGCUGGGCCCGAGGUCAGAGCGCCCCCAGCCAGGCCCACUGCGGCCCCUGAGCAGCGAUGCCCAAACCCAGUGAUACUCUGUGGGAUAUUGCUAAAGCCGAAGUGGAGAAAAAAGAAAAUCUUGAAGGCAAUGGAGUGGAAGUUUGGGAAAAAUCACUACUCUUUAUGGGAAACAAAAAUGGGGGAAAGACUACUAUUAUACUGAGGUGUCUUGACAGGGAUGAAAUUCCAAAACCAACAUUAGCCUUGGAAUAUACUUUUGGAAGAAGAGCAAAAGGUCAUAACAGACCAAAAGACAUUGCACAUUUUUGGGAACUAGGUGGUGGAACCUCAUUAUUGGACUUGAUUCGUAUACCAAUAACUAAUGACAACAUAAGGACUUUUGCUAUAAUUCUUGUUUUGGACCUUUCCAAACCUAAUGAACUGUGGCCAACCAUGGACAGUCUCCUACAGGCCACCAGGAACCAUGUGGAUAAAAUUAUAACUAAACUGGGAAAAACAAAUCCUAAAGUAGCUACUGAAAUUAAACAGAGGACGUGGAACAAUAUGCCGAAGGAUCACCCAGAUCAUGAAUUAAUUGACCCUUUUCCAAUCCCUCUGGUGAUAAUUGGAAGCAAAUAUGAUAUUUUUCAUGAGUUUGACUCUGAGAUGAGGAAAAUAAUGUGCAAGACACUUAGAUUUGUUUCGCAUUAUUAUGGAGCAUCACUAGUGUUUACCAGCAAAUCUGAGGCCCUCCUGCUAAAAGCCCGUGUUCUUAUUAAUCAUUUGGCAUUUGGCUUUGACAGAAGCAAAUCCAUAUCAGUGGAUCAGAAUAAACCAUUGUUUAUCCCAGCAGGAUUGGAUUCUCUAAAUCAAAUAGGACCACCACCUGCCACUGACAGUGAUAUUGGAAAACUGCAUGCACAUACACCUGUGGAUUUGUGGAAAAAAAUAUAUGAAAAAACAUUUCCAUCUAAGAGUACUAGGGACUUAAAAGAUGUCAAUGAUCCUGCCCAGGAUCCACAGUAUGCUGAGUAUGAAGUUGAUGCAAUGCGAACUCAGAAGAAUCAGGAUUCUCAUGGACAGUACCCUGUACCCAGUUCACUGCUUGGAAUGGACAAAGUCCUGAAUUUGGCCCACCGUGCAUAAGAAACUAUUUUUGCCUUUGUAAUCUAGGGCUCUGUGACACAAAUAAAACAAUAAAGUUAAAGUAUAGUCAAUAGAUAGCUGCAAAUUUCCAUGUCUCCACAGUGCUUCCAACUUGAAUAGCUAGGAGAGGAAAUCACAUCUUGCUCUCUCUCCUGACAGCAACUUAGUCAGCCUCUAAAGCUAAACAUUUUUAAAUUCAGUAAGAUGUGAUCAAAAUUUCUUCUUGUACUAUUUCAAAAUGUGAUAAUGUAUGAUUUAGAAACAUAGCUAGAAACCUUAAACUGCAUAUAGAUUGGAAAGUUACAGAUGUAUGCAUUUUAUUAUUAUUUUACUGGGGAUGUUAUGCUAAGUGUUUUGAAAUGUGU